UUCAAAAACAACCCCCAUUUUAGAUCACUAUUUUUGCAAAACAGAGAGCAACAAUUUUGACACUUAUGGCCGAGAUUCUAUGACUUUUGAAGUACUGUUUAUCAGAGAGUAUGUUUUUUUUUAAGAAAGAAAUUAAACAGUGCUAAGAACAUGCAUAAUUUUAUUGGAAGAAUAUAAAAGAUCGAGUCUUGAUCAAUGGAUUAGCAACAAUAAGUUCAGUUUUGGAGUGAAAGAUUUAAAGUUUGAAGUGGGUUUUGCUCGCACAAAAACUUUCUGUUUUGUUUCUGAAAAUAGAAAGCCAUGGAAGUGGCUUUGCUAGUACAAAGUCCAUUGAGUUGUAGUGGAAGGGGUGUUUUUAGUGAAAGAAAUGGUUUAAAGAUUAAACCUUUUCUUGUUGGGUCUUUCCCUCAUGUUAGAAGUGGACAACUUUCAAGUCUUAAUUCAUGGAGGAAGGAGUUUCCAGCAAGUGGAGUUUCAUUUCGAAUAGCUGCAACUGCUGAUUUUUCUAAGAGGAGACAGAGAAAAAUGUCAAAUGCUAGGCCUAGAGGCUCUUCUCCGAAGGGAUUCACGCCGAAAACACCUGUUGGAACAAGCACCCAGAAGAGAGAUUUAGAAAACAAUGGAGAGAAAGAGGGUUCAGUUACACCAAAAUCUAGUGAGAUUGCAGAGGCCAACAAGCAAACACUAGAAACACAGGUUGAGGAGGAUGAAGAACUGGCAAUUGAACAUUCUGGGGAGAAAAAAGUCGACGAAGAAAAGAUAGGAGAGGAAGUAUCUUUGAUGAGUAAAAAGGUGGCUGUUGCUAAUGGUAAUCAAGUGGUCAAAAAUGGAAGUAUCAGUAGAGUUGGUAAGGAUGUGACCCUGUCAGAGGAUAAAAUUGCUUUAGAGGGAAGCCAAAAUGAUGACUUGAAGAAUGAUGGUAUUGUGAAAGAGAAGAGCAUUUCAAUUGAUGCGAGAAAGACUGAAGAUGAUUCUCUACAAAUAAAAUUGAAGUUGGAAAUGGAAGAAAAAUUGCGUAAAGAAGAAACUGAUAGGCUUGCUGAAGAAAAAUUGCGUAAGCAAGAAAUUGAGAGGCUUGUUGAGGAAAACUUCUCUAAGGGUAACAAAUUGUUUGUCUAUCCGCAGAUGGUGAAACCCGAUGAAGACAUAGAAGUGUUCCUUAAUAGAAGUCUAUCAACCUUGAGUGACGAACCAGAUAUUUUGAUUAUGGGAGCAUUCAAUGACUGGAGAUGGAAAUCUUUUACCUUUAGGUUGAGCAAGACCCAUCUCAAUGGGGAUUGGUGGUCUUGCCAGGUUCAUGUUCCAAAAGAAGCAUAUAAGAUGGACUUUGUGUUCUUCAAUGGGCAAGAUGUCUAUGACAAUAAUGACAGGAAGGAUUUCUACAUUCUUGUUGAAGGUGGAAUGGAUGCAUUUGCAUUUGAUGAUUUCUUGCUUGAGGAAAAACGUCGGGAACUGGAGAAACUUGCAAAGGAGCAAGCUGUGAAGGAAAGAUUAGCAGAAGAGCAGAGGCGAAGAGAAGCAGAGAAGGCUGCAAGUGAAGCUGAUAGAGCACAGGCAAGGGCAGAAAUUGAAAAAAGGAGAAGAACAUUGCAAGAACUGAUGAAAAAGGCUGCAAGGUCCUUCAAUAAUGUUUGCCACGUAGAACCUAGUGAGUUCAAAGGUGAGGACACGAUCAAGUUAUAUUAUAACAAAAGCUCAGGUCCUCUAGCCCAUGCUAAUGACCUUUGGGUUCAUGGGGGGCAUAAUAAUUGGAAGGAUGGAUUGUCCAUUGUUGAGAGACUUGUCAGCUCUGACAAAAAGGAUGGCGAUUGGUGGUAUGCUAAUGUUGUUGUACCUGAUCGAGCCUUUGUCCUGGAUUGGGUCUUUGCUGAUGGUCCACCUCAGAAUGCCACUGUGUAUGAUAACAAUCAUCGCCAAGAUUUCCAUGCUAUUGUCCCAAAUGGUAUUCCUGAAGAAUUGUAUUGGGUUGAGGAAGAACACCAAAUAUAUAGGAAACUACAGGAAAAGAGGAGGUUAAGAGAGGACGCUAUACGUGCCAAGGCUGAGAAAACAGCACGUAUUAAAGCUGAAACAAAGGAACAAACUUUGAAAAGGUUUCUGCUGUCACAAAAGCAUAUAGUUUAUACUGAGCCUCUUGAUGUUCAGGCUGGAAGCACCGUGACAGUUUUCUAUAAUCCUGCUAACACCAUUCUGAAUGGUAAACCUGAAGUUUGGUUCAGAGGUUCAUUCAACCGUUGGACCCACCGUAAGGGUCCAUUGCCACCUCAGAAAAUGUUGCCUGCAGAUAAUGGCUCUCACGUCAAAGCCACUGUCAAGGUUCCAUUGGAUGCCUACAUGAUGGAUUUUGUAUUCUCUGAGAAGGAAGAUGGUGGAAUUUUUGACAAUAGAGAAGGCAUGGAUUAUCACAUACCAGUGUCUGGAGGAAUUGCAAAAGAACCACCGAUGCACAUUGUGCAUAUUGCUGUUGAAAUGGCCCCAAUCGCGAAGGUUGGUGGGCUUGGUGAUGUUGUGACUAGUCUCUCCCGUGCAGUUCAAGAUUUAAACCACAGUGUGGACAUCAUUCUUCCAAAGUAUGACUGUAUGAAGAUUAGCCAUGUGAAAGAUUUGCACUACCAGAGAAGCUAUUCCUGGGGUGGGACUGAAAUAAAAGUAUGGUUUGGGAAGGUGGAAGGCCUUUCUGUCUAUUUCUUGGAGCCUCAAAAUGGAAUGUUUUGGGCAGGUUGCGUAUAUGGCUGCAAGAAUGAUGGGGAGAGAUUUGGUUUCUUUUGCCAUGCAGCCCUUGAAUUUUUACAACAAAGUGGAUUUCAUCCUGAUAUUAUCCAUUGCCAUGAUUGGUCUAGUGCUCCAGUUGCAUGGUUGUUUAAGGACCAUUAUAUGCAUUAUGGUCUUAGUAAAUCCCGGGUAGUCUUCACCAUUCAUAAUCUUGAAUUUGGGGCAAACAACAUUGGGAAAGCUAUGGCAUAUUCUGACAAGGCUACAACUGUAUCUCCCACAUAUUCAAGGGAGAUUUCAGGAAAUCCUUUAAUUGCUUCUCAUCUCCACAAGUUCCAUGGCAUCCUAAAUGGAAUUGACCCUGAUAUAUGGGACCCUUAUAAUGAUACAUACAUUCCUGUACCUUAUACUUCCGAGAAUGUUGUUGAAGGAAAAAGAACUGCCAAGGAGGCUUUGCAACAAAGGCUUGGUUUGAAAAAGGCUGAUCUUCCUCUGGUAGGAAUAAUUACUCGCUUGACACAUCAAAAGGGAAUCCAUCUCAUCAAGCAUGCAAUUUGGCGCACCUUAGAGCGCGGUGGGCAGGUUGUACUGCUUGGUUCAGCUCCAGAUCCCCGUGUCCAGAAUGAUUUUGUGAAUUUGGCCAACCACUUGCAUUCUAGUCACCAUGACCGUGCUCGCCUUUGUUUGACUUAUGAUGAGCCUCUUUCGCACUUGAUAUAUGCGGGUGCUGAUUUCAUUCUAGUCCCAUCUAUUUUUGAGCCUUGUGGACUGACCCAGCUUACUGCUAUGAGAUAUGGUUCAAUAGCUGUUGUUCGAAAAACUGGAGGGCUUUUCGACACUGUGUUUGAUGUUGACCAUGACAAAGAAAGAGCCAAAGCACAAGGUCUUGAACCAAAUGGAUUUAACUUUGAUGGAGCUGACCCUGCUGGUGUUGAUUAUGCUCUAAAUAGGGCAAUCUCUGCCUGGUACGACGGUCGGGAUUGGUUUAACUCGAUGUGUAAAAAGGUGAUGGAGCAAGACUGGUCUUGGAAUAAGCCUGCUCUCGAUUACUUGGAGCUUUACCAUUCAGCACGCAAGUGAAAACAAGAAAUCAGUAGGCCAAGAGAGCAAUAUGCAACUCAAUCCGGUACCAUAGUUUGUACAUGUUUAGUGGCACACCUCUGAUUUUUUUAUCAUUCCACAGGGUAAUUUCUUGCACAUAGGUUGCCCACUCCAAAUAAUAUGCUAGGUCAUAUCAGUAUUCAGUGUUGGAGCUCGAAAUGGAUCGUCCAUUUUUGUGUAGCACAAAACUAUAGGCUACACCUUUAUGUACCUUUGAUCGCUUAUAUUAUCAAUCAAUAUUCAUUAGCAUCUCCAAAA